GCUCUUUAUUCCACAGAUAAACACACUAAAGAAAGAAAGAAAGAGCUCGCGUAUGAUGUGUUUGUGUAUCCUCAGUGUUUUUCUCUCUUCAGUGUUUUAAACAGAGUCUUGUCUCUGUGUAUUUUAGUGUUGAUGAUGAUGGAUGUGAUGUGCUGUAAAUCAGGAACUGAUCAGGACUUACAGAAUGAGGAAUCUACUGAUCAAACCUUUACAGAGUCUCUGGAUUCUGUCUGGAACGCUGGAGAACAGCAGCAGAUCCUGCACACCAAACUCAACAUGUGUUCAGUCAAACUCAUCGACUGCACAAACCUCAUGAUAGAGAUAAAAACUGAACCUACAGAAAUAAAAACUGAACCUACAGAAAUAAAAACUCAACCAACAGAAGUGAAAACUGAACCCACAGAAGAGGAAGAAGAUGAAAAUGAGUGUUGUGGUGAUGAUUUUAUUCUUUCAGAUAUUUCAGAAAUAAAAACUGAACCCACAGAAGAGGAAGAUCGCAAUGAUGAUUUUAUUCCUUCAGAUGAGAAGAGUGAUUCACGUUCUGAGGGAGAAAUAACAUCGUCAACAUCAAAAGAAAGACAUUUAAAGAGACAUGAGAGAAAACACACAGAACAGAAACUCUUCACCUGCAGGAGAUGUAAGAUCAGCUUUACUACCUUACAAGAACAGAGACGUCAUUCAGAAGAGCACAGAGAGAGGAAUCAGUUUCACUGUCACCAGUGUGGAAGAGAUUUUGACUUCUUGUCUCAGCUGAAAGUUCACAUGAGGACACACAGUGGUGAAAAGCCUUUCCAAUGCACUGAAUGUGGCAAAUAUUUUAGCACCAAACAAAAUCUUGAUGCUCAUCAGAGAAUUCACACAGGAGUAAAACCAUACAAGUGUCCUCACUGUUAUAAAGGUUUCUGUAAGAAAUCUUAUCUGAUCAUCCAUGAGAGAAUUCACACUGAAGAGAACCCUUACAAAUGCUCUCAGUGUGAGAAAAUGUUUGCUAAUUCAAGUACCUUAAUAGCCCAUGAGAGAGUUCAUAAUGGAGAGAAACCUCAUCACUGUAGUGUUUGUGGGAAGAGUUUUAAUCAACGUGAUUAUUUACUGAGACACCAGAAAACUCAUACAGGUGAAAAACCUUACAAAUGCUCUCAGUGUGAGAAGACAUUUGCUCAGUCAGGUCACUUAAAAAUCCACGAGAUAGUUCAUUCUGGAGAGAAACCUCAUCACUGUAGUGUUUGUGGGAAGAGUUUCAGUCGACCGCACAGUUUAGUGUCACACCAGAGAAUUCAUACAGGUGAAAAACCUUACAAAUGCUCUCAUUGUGAGAAGACGUUUACUCAUUUCGGUUCCCUGAAAGCCCAUCAGAGAGUUCACACUGGAGAGAAACCUCAUUACUGUAGUGUUUGUGGGAAGAGUUUCAGUCAACAUUACAGUUUAGUGACACACCAGAGAACUCAUACAGGUGAAAAGCCUUACAAAUGCUCUCAGUGUGAGAAAGCGUUUGCUCAGUCAGGCCAAUUAAAAGUUCAUCAGAGAGUUCACACUAGAGGGAAACCUUAACACUUCUCGGUCUGUGAAGAGAAAUUUACUGUAUUAGGAAGUUUUCAGACUCAUCAGAAGAAACAUACUGAAAAGUGGUGUAAGACCGACACCAGGGAUCCUGCGGUGACAGAAUUUUCUCAUUGACUCAACAUCUGAAAUCUUUCUCAAAGGGUUUACAUCUAUCUCCAAGACAACAACCCCAUUGUGUGGAGACAAAAGAGUCACCUCACCAAGAUUACUUGCGUCUGUUCUCCUUCUUCACCCCCUCCUCAUCCUCUCAGCUUAGAGCAUCUGAAAGCUGACCUGAAACAGCUGACCAUGAACUGUGUAUGAAAUGUUACAUUCAAGAGACUGAAUCUGAGUCAUGUUUUAUAUCAUUUGAAAUGUCUCGGUACAAUGGUCUCACUCCCAUAACAACAGAAUUCAAUUAAAAAGUGUAACGGCAAACUUCACUCAAUGUUAAGAGACACCUCCCACCUUAGACAUAUAAACCAAUCACCCAUGAGGUGAAGACCCUGUGUCCACAAGACCCAAUUAAUACCAAAUUCAUAACAUUUACAAUGCUUUGUUCUCUUUGGAUAUUUAAGGAAAGUUUCCAGAAAGUUCAGAGGAAUUUUCUAUAUUUUAAAUCGAACCCCCGUUGUGCUGUGCGUUCUUUCUGAUGUACAUCACGUAUCUCUUUAUUUCACUUUGGAAUUCUGUAGCCAGAUGAUUUUCAUAUGAUUACAGCUGUUUAUUUAUUUAUGCUUUUAAUUUCAACUGGAUCAUGAAUUAACUUUUAUAUUAUGAUGAUCUUAUUUUGGAUUUAUUCAGCAUUAAUCUGAUUUAUUGAGAAGUAAAUUUGAUUUAUCCUUUGUUACCGCAAAUCUACGACCAGGAUAAAGUUAGCCUAUUGUCUGCCAUUUGGUUCAUUUUAUGGUCUGACGAACCUCUUAAUCAAUAGGGUUCAUUUUGGUGUAUCAUCUGCCUUUUCAGUUUACUUAUUUGGUGUGAAAAACCACCUUAUCUUUAAGUAUUGGCAUAUCUGGCAGCCUUUAAUUAUUCGCUCUGACAAACCUCUUAACUCAUAACUAGUUGCAUGGUCAAGUUUGUGACCGAGAGCCUGCAGCAGCUGAUCCAAAGACUGUAUGCGACACUGAAAACCAAUUGAACGAGUCAAUAAUAUAAUGAUUUAAAGUAGAUUGACCAAUUUAGCUAAAUUACACGAUUAUCAAAAAUAUUUAUUUAAUCCGUAUUACAAACAGCGUGUGACUCUUGUGAGUGACUCUAACUCUUUGGGAGUCUAGAUUAAUAAAAUGAUCUAAAUUCAAAUCUUUCAAAAAAAAAGAAGAAGGGGUGUGUCCUGGCAUCCUGGCCAAACCUGCCCCUUAUAUACUAAUUAGCUAUAUACCGCUGUCUCCUCUCCAGUAAUAAUCUGAAGUGUGGUGUGUAUUCUGGUGCUAUAUGUUUGCCGUUGCAUCAUCCAGAUGGAUGCUGCACAUUGGUGGUGGUUGAAAAGAAUCACCCUUUAAUAUGUAAAGCACUUUGAGUGCUGCAGAAAAACGCUAUAUAAAUGUAACACUAUUAUUAUUAUUAUAUAAUUACAUACAGUAAAAUACGUAAUCAAUAAACCGGCCAUGCAGAAAACUGCAUUUAUGUGGGAUUUAGAGGUUUGUCAAGUUUCUCACAGGCAAUAGCAUCACUGCCUAUAGUACAUAUUUGUUCAAAAACUGUUUUAUCUCCUCUCUUAUACCACAGGCCUGUUAAAUGCUUUAUUAAAAAAUGUCUGUGGUAACCUUGGUAUAAGAAGAAUAAUUGACUCCUUUUGAAUUAUUUGAAAAUAAUGCACACCUGUUUCACGUCGUGCUGCAUUACCACCUUGGGUGUGCAUUAUUUUCUAAUAAACAGUCCGUCGUCAAUUAUAUCUUACAUGUCUGCAGAACUUUUAAAUCUAACAUGAGCUUUUAUCUUUGCUGUUUCUCUGGCAACUGCUUGAGCAACAGAUUUAGUUCUGGGGACACCAAAGACUUCUUAAGAAAAUCUCCCCUUCAAAACUACAUAUUAAAGGAGUCAUAUUAUGAGAUUGUUUUAAAAUGUAAAAUAAGGUUUUGGUGUCCCCAGAGUGAAGUUUAAGCUCAAAAUACCUCACACACAAUUUAUUAUAAGGGUAAAAAUGGCAUGUUGGGUGUGCUCUUUAAAAUGCAAAUGAGGUAAUAAAAUGCAAACACUGAUCGCCAGGCCCGGAUUCGCCAUUGGGUGGAAAGGGGAAAAUUCCAGGUGGGCCGGUCUGUUUUUUUUUCAUGAAGGUCCAGUGAUGUCAUGCCACCGGGUUGAAGUUUGCUGUACCUAGGCUGUCGGCACUCGCAAUAUUAUCCAGCCCCACUCACCCAUUUAUGCCCAAAUUGAUUGUGUCCAGAGUCCCGACCACUUAUUAGAAGAAUUCUUGCAUUAUAGUAGGGUCCAUUACUAUCUAAAAUGCAAUGAACCCCAGGACCUGCUGCUUUCUUCUGCUUUUCAAAGCGCUCACCUGUGAACACAAAUUUUGUUUCAGAAGUGUCUGUAUUUGAGUGCGAUUGCUGCGCGUUUAAAUUUUAAAGCCUAAACUUGAGCGUGACUUGAAACGAACGGCCUCUUAAAGGAAAAUUAUCUACAAAUUGUAGUUCAAAUCUAUGUAACAAUGAAUUGUCAUUAUCGUCUAUUGCAAGAGUAACAAAAAAUGAUUUGAUGCCAAGUUCAUCCAGUUUAUAGGAAAAAGUAAGUUUCAGAUGAAUAUAAUGUUUUCUUAAGCAACAUUUUGAAAGUCUAUUGCAAUGCAUAACUGGCUGUACAUCCAAACCCCUACAGAUGAUUUAGAAUGCAGCAGCAAGAUGGUGCACGUCACUCCUGUCUUUGUGAAGCUACACUGGCUUCCUAUAGCAGCUCGCAUCAAAUUUAAAGCUCUGCUCCUAGCCUUUAAAACGGUUCCCUGUGGAUUCAGCCAUUUGGUGCUGGUCUUACAAAUAUCUUUUGUCAGGGUUUGGCACCACCUUACACCUGGCAGUGAACUUUGAGCUUUAUCAUUUUACAGAUAUUAUUUAUGCUAUUAUAGCAACAUUACACAAUAACUAGGGUUUAAAAAUGGAAUCAGGAAGAACGUGACCUUUAAAAUGUACUAACUUUCAGUCUAUAAGCAGCGUUUUUUUUUCAUAACUUGGCUGUGGCUGCGUCUUAUAGUCAGGUGUGCCUUGUAAGUCAGUAUGAAUUAAUUUUUACAUUUAUGAGGCAAGAGACAAUAUUACCUUCCACAGCCACGAGAGUCCGCCAUAUGCUACUUCUGUAUAUGUAAUUCUAAGGAUUCAGUGAUGUGGAAUGACGAGUACUUCACGCUAGUUGGCUUGUUUGGUUAAUUUAGCCCAGUGGUUUUCAAACUAGGGGCCGCGAGAUGGUGCCAGGGGGGCCCCAGUUUUAUGACAUUUUAUAAAAUACAUUAAUUUAUCAUGAAUUCUGUGUAAUUAAACCUAAAAAAUUAUAAGCCAUCUAACCAAGAGCACUACUAGGUAUAAUUUUAUAUGUUUUGUUUAAUUAAAAUAUAACAUUUUAAAACGUUUUUUUUGUCAUACAUUUUCUUUCGAGGGGCCGCUAAAAAUGCACUGUACACAAGGGGGGCCACACGCUGAAAAAGUUUGGGAACCACUGAUUUAGCCUAUUCAACCUUCCAGGUAAGUUCUGUAUGCUAUGGUUUAUCGUUUAAAUAACUGAUAAUAUUACUUUAACGUUCAGCCAUCUGUUCUGUCUGCUAUUGUUUAGUUGAAUUACUUGCCUUUCCAAAUUAAAUGUCUGUUCUUCGGCUUGGAUUUUGUGAAAUAAUUUUCUAAAUAAACGUGACGUAUAGUCUACUGUGACUUAUAAUGUUUUUUCUUCUUAAUGACACAUUUUUAAAUGAUGCGGCUUAUACUCCGGUGCGGCUUAUAGUCCGGAAAGUACGGUAUAUAGUGUUAAACUUGAUCUGACUAUUUCUAGUGCACUUAUGUAUUGCUGUUCUUGUGUUGCUCUAAGUUCUUCUAUUGUUUACCUCAUUUGUAAGUCGCUUUGGACAAAAGCAUUUGCUAAAUUUCUAAAUGUAAAUGUAAAUAUUUGUUCUUUUUUAAAGUAGACCUAUCUUCUGUUAUUUGGCAAUGCUGUAUACAUAAUCCUAGAUAGAAAUAUAGCAGAAAACAUUUGUUCCCUUUUAGUAGUGUUUGAAUAAUAUUAUUUGAAUAAUAUUCAAAUAUAAUAGGGCUGCGCAAAUGUGGCAAAAAUCUAGGUCUAAAAAUCUAUUAUUGUAAUUGGCCUUGCUACCUAUGUCACAAAACAGGCAAAAUCUGAAUUACCUAAUUUUCCCACAUACCUGCAGAGAAUGGUUUACCAAAACCAGUGGGUUGAUCUUUUUA